AAAUGGAAGGUUAAAGCCGACAGUAGCAACCCCUUUCUCUCUCUCCCCCUCUCUUUCCAUCUCUUUCUCUGUGUUCUGAGCUCAAGAGCUGCUAUCGAAGUACGGUUCUUGAUCCAAGUCGAGAAGAAGAGCAGUAAAAGAAAGAAGGAAAGAGAUUAAAAGGAGAGAACCAACUGUGAUACCUGAUGGGAGCUGCAGGAGACUUGGGCGCACUGGUGAUUUGUUCCGUGUUUGUUUGAACUUCAUCGUCGGUGUUUAUCUUUUAUUUGGAUUGCUUUCAAAUUUGUUCGACUACGCAUAGCUUCUUCCGCCUUAUAUUGCCCGGGUUCUAGCGGGAAGAUCUUCUUUUGUCUUACAGUCUUCGGAACUAGGAGCUGAUUGCUCUGGUGCUGGGUGUUUUUUGGACCAAACUGGCUUUGGUUGAAGAAAGUUGCCAACUUUUGCUAGAGAUUUGGAGCUGAUUGGAGAGGAAGGGGGAAUAGUUUCGGAUUUUAAUGUGUUUGGGUCUGGAGAUGAUGGCAUUUUUAGCAGGGGAGAGAAAACCCAUUUUUAGCAGAUGGAGCAUCUGUGCUGAAGGUGUACUAAGUUUCUGAAAAAAACAAGCAACUAGGUUUGCUUGUUCUGCAUCCGUAGUAUUCGGUGUCGGUUAAGAUGAGGCUCUCGUCAUCUUCGUUGUCUUCUUCGGAUUUAACCCAACAGCCGCAAGAAGGUGAACAAAGGUGUUUGAACUCUGAGUUAUGGCAUGCAUGUGCUGGUCCUCUUGUGUCUUUGCCUGUGGUAGGAACUCGUGUGGUUUAUUUUCCACAAGGCCAUAGUGAGCAGGUAGCUGCAUCCACCAACAAGGAGAUUGAUUCCCAUAUUCCAAAUUAUCCAUCUCUACCCCCUCAGCUAAUUUGUCAACUCCAUGAUGUUACAAUGCAUGCUGAUGUUGAGACUGAUGAAGUUUAUGCUCAAAUGACUUUGCAACCGCUGAAUCCGCAAGAGCAAAAAGAUCCAUAUCUUCCUGCUGAAUUGGGUGCUGCAAGUAAACAACCAACCAACUAUUUCUGUAAAACGCUUACUGCAAGUGACACAAGUACUCAUGGUGGAUUUUCUGUUCCGCGCCGGGCAGCUGAAAAAGUCUUUCCUCCAUUGGAUUUUUCUCAGCAGCCUCCAGCACAAGAACUGGUUGCCAGAGAUCUGCAUGGAAAUGAGUGGAAAUUCCGUCACAUUUUUCGAGGCCAGCCAAAGAGACAUCUCCUUACAACAGGAUGGAGUGUUUUCGUAAGUGCAAAGAGACUUGUAACGGGAGAUUCUGUCCUUUUUAUCUGGAAUGAAAACAACCAACUACUUCUCGGUAUUAGGCGCGCUAAUCGCCCACAAACAGUAAUGCCUUCGUCGGUAAUUUCAAGUGAUAGCAUGCACAUAGGCCUUCUUGCUGCAGCUGCUCACGCUGCCGCUACCAAUAGUCGGUUUACUAUAUUUUUUAAUCCAAGGGCUUGCCCAUCUGAGUUUGUUAUACCGUUAGCGAAGUAUAUUAAAGCAGUCUAUCAUACUCGUGUUUCCGUGGGUAUGAGAUUUCGAAUGCUGUUUGAGACGGAAGAGUCAAGCGUGAGAAGAUACAUGGGCACAAUCACAGGCAUAAGCGAUCUGAAUCCUGUCCACUGGCCAAAUUCUCAUUGGCGUUCUGUCAAGGUUGGCUGGGAUGAAUCAACUGCUGCUGAGAGACAACCAAGGGUCUCCCUUUGGGAAAUUGAACCUCUAACUACAUUUCCAAUGUAUCCCUCUCCUUUUUCUCUCAGGCUCAAGCGUCCAUGGCCUCCAGGGCUUCCCCCUCUUUAUGGAGGAAACAUUGGUGAUCUGGGACUGAAUUCUGCCCUAGCCUGGCUUCGAGAUAGUGGAAACUUGGGGGUACAGCCAUUGAAUUUUCAGGGAAUUGGUGUUUCACCUUAUAAUCAGACAAGAUUUGAUAAUUCAUUUGGCUUGAAGCCUGAUAUUUACCAGGCUACGACUGCAGAGGCGAUUCAAGAUAUGAGGCCUAUGGAGCCCUUGAAACAGGUUCCUACCAAUUUGCAGUUUCAGCAUACUCCGAGCAUUAUUAACAGGCCCAACAAUUUACUAUCAAAUCAAGCUAGUCAGCAUUCUCAAUCCCAACAUCCUUUUGUUCAAAAUUCUCAAGAAAACCAGGGCCACAACCAUGCUCAAUCGAGUUUCCUUCUCCAACAAUUGCAACAAUGUCAAUCAUUUGGUGAUCAACAGCAGCAGUUAAAACAAAUCCAACAGAAUCCACAAGUCCAAAGACAGCAACAACAACAGCAACAGCAACAGCACAAACAAUUUUAUGAUCAGGUAAUUUCUGGUAUCAUGCUGGGUCAGACUAUGCAGCCAUCCGUGUCUCAAUCCCUGUCUCCAUCAUUGCAAAAAAUUUCUUCAAUUUCACACCCUCUAAGCUUUCCUGAUUCCAAUGGUAAUUAUGUCUCCACACCAGGGACAUCAUCAUUGAAUGGUGUCUUGCAGCCAUUUUCAUAUGAAGAAACAUCAAACCUUUUUAGUUCACCAAUGACUAGCCCACUAAUCACUUCCAGCCCCUGGUUGUCUAAACAAACUGCACUUGAGCCAUUACUGCCAUCUGGAGCUCAGUGUGUUCUCCCGCAGGUGGACCAGUUUAGUUCUCUGUUUUCUGAUAUUCCGCGAGAUACUACAAUGCUAGCACCAUUUCCAGGUAGAGAUUGCUCCAAUAACCAUGAAGGUGUAGAUCCCCAACACCUGCUUUUUGGUGCAAACCUGGAACUUUCACCAUUGUUAGUGCAGAAUGGAGUGUCUGGCCUUAGGAGUAUAGGAUGUGAGACUAAUACAGCUAGAGUGUCCCAUGCUGCAAAUAACUUUUUGAGCGUGACAGAAGUGGAUUUCCAACUUAAUCAAGCACUAACCAAUUCUGGUGGGUUAGAGGAGUCAGGGCUCUUGCACUCUCCAGAUAACAUUGGUCAGGAGAUUUCACAAAAUGGAACAUAUGUGAAGGUUUAUAAAUCAGGUACCUUCGGAAGGUCACUGGAUAUCACCAGAUACAAUAGCUACCCUGAGCUACGAAGUGAGCUUGGGCGCCUUUUUGGCCUUGAUUUGGAGGACCCUUUGAGAUCAGGCUGGCAGCUUGUAUUUGUCGACAGGGAGAAUGAUGUUCUUCUUGUCGGCGAUGAUCCAUGGCCGGAGUUCGUGAACAAUGUGUGGUGUAUUAAGAUACUCUCCCUACAGGAAGUGCAGCAGAUGGCCAAGCAAGGCGUUAACCUCAUAAACUCUGCACCACUUCGAAAGCUUUCAACUGGAAGCUGUGACAAUUACAUCGCUCAGCAAGAAUCGAGAAAUCUGAGCUCCGAGAUCAUGCCUGUAGCUUCUUUGGACUAUUGAGUCUUAUUGCUCUCUGAAAACCUUUUCUGUGCUUUGACUAUCCUUUCUGAAGACAUCUAAAGCUAUAUAUGUGUAUCUACAAUAACUUUAUUGUAACUUCAGAAAACUCCUUUUGUAGACUGUAAGACUUAAUUAUCUAGUUUACUCAUGGUAACUGUUAUUAGUCCAUUGCUUGUAAUUUUGCUAGAGCAAUUGCAUCAGAAUAUCCUGAUAGAA